CGGCUUUUUUACGUCUCCCCCCUCCCCUGCGCACUCCAUGCCGGGUCUCUCUCGCCAGCUCGCCUCGGCUCGCUCGAGCGGCGGGAGAGUUGGCACAAACCUCGCCGCCACUGCCGCGCGCAGGUUCCCGCCCCAGCCUCUCCGCCUUUCCCUGCGCCCUCCGCUCCCACCAUGGGGCCAAUUUGGGGCUCCUAAGAGUUGCCGCGUCUUAGCAGCGCGCUCUCCGGCCAAAGUCCCCACGGGCGGGCUAUGGCUUAGGGCGCAAGAAGGGCCAGCCUAGAGGUAAAGGGAAGGGGAAAGGACGGCUAACGGGAAAAAGAGGCCAAACGAUGAGUUUCCAGGAGGACGGAGUGAGCAGCCUGUGCCAGAAGGCGCUGCACAUUGUCACCGAGCUGUGCUUCGCGGGCCAGGUGGAGUGGGAGAAGUGCUCGGGCAUCUUCCCCCCGGACAGGGGCAGCCAGGGCGGAGGCAGCACAGAUAUUUCAGUCAGCUUGUUAGCAGUGGUUGUCAGCUUUUGUGGCCUGGCCUUGCUGGUUGUCUCACUUUUUGUCUUCUGGAAGUUGUGCUGGCCUUGCUGGAAGAGUAAACCCGUGACUUCCAACGUCAGUACCAUUCCACAGAGCACUUCAAAUGCUCCUACUGAAGUUUUUGAGACUGAAGAGAAAAAAGAGGUUAAAGAAAAUGAAAAGCCAGCACUAAAAGCUCUUGAGCCUGCAAUAAAAAUCAGCCACACUUCUCCUGAUAUCCCAGCAGAAGUGCAGACUGCUUUAAAAGAACAUUUAAUUAAACAUGCACGUGUGCAGAGACAAACUACUGAGCCUACGUCUUCAUCUCGCCACAAUUCCUUCAGGAGACACCUACCAAGGCAAAUGCAGAUUUCCAGUGUUGAUUUCAGCACGGGCACAGAACCCGUUUUACAAAGAGGAGAAACAACAACCAGCAUUGGGAGGAUAAAACCAGAGCUCUACAAACAGAAAUCAGUUGACUCUGAGGGCAACAUGAAAGAAGAGGUCAAAACCUGUGGGAAACUUAACUUUACCCUCCAGUAUGAUUAUGAAAAUGAACUUCUAGUUGUGAAAAUUAUCAAAGCCUUAGAUCUCCCUGCUAAAGACUUCACAGGAACUUCAGACCCUUACGUGAAGAUGUAUCUCCUUCCAGAUAGGAAAAAGAAAUUUCAGACCCGCGUGCACAGAAAGACUUUAAAUCCUCUAUUCGAUGAAACUUUUCAGUUUCCUGUAGCAUAUGAUCAACUAAGCAACCGAAAACUACAUUUCAGUGUGUAUGAUUUUGACAGAUUUUCUAGACAUGACAUGAUUGGAGAAGUGAUUCUUGAUAAUUUGUUUGAAGUCUCCGAUCUCUCCAGGGAAGCCACAGUAUGGAAAGAUAUUCAUUGUGCUACCACAGAAAGCAUAGACCUGGGUGAAAUCAUGUUUUCCCUUUGUUAUUUGCCAACUGCUGGGCGUAUGACAUUGACAGUCAUCAAGUGCAGAAAUCUGAAGGCUAUGGAUGUUACUGGCUCAUCAGAUCCUUAUGUCAAAGUGUCUCUGAUGUGUGAGGGUCGAAGAUUAAAAAAGAGGAAAACGACUACAAAGAAAAACACUCUCAACCCUGUGUACAAUGAGGCCAUUAUUUUCGACAUCCCUCCGGAGAACGUGGACCAGGUCAGCCUCUCCAUUGCGGUCAUGGAUUAUGAUAGGGUAGGACACAAUGAGGUCAUCGGAGUGUGUAGAACGGGACUGGACGCUGAGGGUCUUGGGCGAGACCACUGGAACGAAAUGCUGGCCUACCACCGAAAGCCAAUAACGCAUUGGCACCCCUUGCUGGAGUUACCUGGCCGGGCGACCAGUUUUGAUAGUCAAGGAUCCUGUCCAUCUCCCAAACCACCUUCCACACCAUAAUGCCUCCAAAAUAAGACCAUUCUAAUCAGGACCCAGGAUCACGUGCUCAUCAGAUCAGAAAAAAAGUGGAAGGUUUGAUUUCCUCAUUUAAAAUAUAUCCUGAUAAUGAACAAAUGAUGUGCAGUUUUUCAUUUGCUUUUUUUGUCUGUUUAUUAACUUUGGACAUCUUGAUAUAUUUUACUUGAAUACAAAUAGUCCCAACUUACAUAAGGCAUUUUAUUCUUCAUGUCAUAUGCCUAUUAGCACAAAGAGUGUUUUAAUAAGUUGUAAUUCUUUGCAUAAGCAAAGAAAUGCGUUUUUUUAAAAGAAUCCGUGCUUAUCUAAAAUGGAAUAUAGCUUAUGCUGCUAGUGUAUACAGUAGCAUAUGUCACGUAUGUAUGGUUUUGAUUUUGUCACAAGUAUGUUUAUUUCUAGUUGUGCACAUGGUUCUACAUAAACUCUAAUGAAAAUUUUGAACUUAGCAUUAAAUCCUUGCACAAUCAAAUUAAUGUUACUUAUCUGAUAAUAUAUUCUUUCAUUCUCAGCAAUUUCUUUUCUUGGUGAGGUUUGGCUCUGCCAAACUCGAAACUUUGUCUCUCAAGCUUGUUCUUUAAAAUAUACAGGUAAAGCUAUAAUUUAAAGAACCAUUUUGAAUAUAAAUUUAAGAAGUAAUAUUUAGCAGCUGGAAAAUGGAAGUUGAGCCAUUUGGGCUACCAUUUUAUACUGUCUUAAUGUUACAUUAGUUCAAACGUGUUGCACUGUUUAACUGAACAUUUUUAAAAUUCUAAUAAUCUUAAUCUCAAAUGUAGCAUUAGUGUUCCUAAGUGAAUAGAACCAGAAGUCAUUCAUUUUUUGUGUUUGUAAAGUUCUCAAGUACUGUGACAUGUAUAUUUUGUGACAUGAAGCUAUCACAUAGAUCUUGUAUUUCUGAUAGACGAUACUAACAGACACCAAAGCUACAAUAAAUGUCUGUGCUCAUUGUCAUUUAGAUUGUACACAGUAAUGAUGACUUUUAAACCCAUUCAGAAGCUAAUCAUUAGAAUUGGGUAUUUUCUUAAAGAAAGGAUGACUUAUUUUUCAGCAAAUUACAGAAAUAUACCAUAAAUAAUAUAACUUCAACAUUUAAUAAAAAUAAACGAAUAAUUCUAAAGGCCCAGACCCACAGUCCUUUCAUGAAAGGCAUUUACCUUCAUAAGGAUCAAGGAGCAGGCCACUAGUCGUAAAAACUAUGCAAAUGUUUUUACAUGACGGAACUUUCUUUUAAAUCAGGUCAACUUUUUAUUGUCUCAUUUCCAGGCCCUAUAUCUAUAUCUAUAAUCUAUAUUGAAUGACCCCAACCUUGCUUUUGAGAUGUGUAUUAUGGAUAGUGCAUAUUUCAAGCUUAUCCCAAGAUAAGAGGUUAAAAAAAAUCAAAAAAAGGCAAGAAAAUAUGAAAUUAGAAUAUAAAAACACGUUCAUCAGAAUGGGAAAAUUUUAUCAACAGUUAUAAAAUUUUGAUUUUAGUAAAAUCUCUUGUUUCUAAAUAUUAAAAAGUUUUAAAAGCCUUGACAUUUUGUUUGUUGGCCUCUCAUAAUGAUGGCAUUACUGUUAAUUAAGAUGUAAAUAUUUUACACAUUAACGUUUUAAAGGCAAACACCAUUCCUUAAAACUUUUCAAAAAUACUUGUACCAUCCUAAUGAAAACAAGUAUUUAUAGCUAACAUUUUCUAAUUGAAAAUAAUAAAAGAAAUCCGUUUGAAAAUACCUGGCAACCUUAUCAAGCCUAAAAGAAGCAUUUUGCUGUAGACAGAAUGACUGAAGAUAACACUUCCAUUUUAGAAUUCUUUGUUUUACUGGGAAGUAAAAAUUGUCAAAUGGGAAGACAAAAGUUAUACUCCUAAUAAAAUGGCAUUGUUGGAGACAAUUGUUUUAUUAGUAGAUAUAGCUGCAGCUUGUAUUUCAUUAGCAACUAUAUUUCCUGAGUGAGUGUAGUAAUUAUUUUCAUCUGAAACCAUCUUUUAAAGACUUUUGAUUAAUUCUUAGAAGCUCGUGUUUUCUUUGCCUCCUAUGGAGAAAAAGCCAAUGUUUGUGAUGAAAAAAUGCAAACAACCAGGCAGCCAGGAGACUUUAAUAUGGGGAUUGGAGAUUAAAGUAAGUUUUUAAGAUAAUUUUUUAAAAAUGUUUCCUAGAGAUUAGAAUAAACUCAUCACGUGAGAGUAUUUGUUAAUCCUGUGAGAGAGAUCAAGGAGAGAAAAUUCAUCACCGCUUAUCUUUCACGCAAACCAUGAGGGAGUUUACCCUCACGUUGAUAAAGCAUGAUCAUUUAAAAUGAUGGUUCGUAUUAUAAAAGUGUAAUCCUACCACUUUCAAUACAAUACACCCUCACUCUAUACAGCCACACGUCCAUACAAACAUAAUUUAUCCUCUUUCUACUUGUGAUUGAAGAUAGAAUGUUUUUCUUUCAGUGUUUAAAAUCAGAUUUGAUGUUACAGAUAGCAUCCUCAUUUGUGUGGCACACCACAUUUUAAUGACAGCACAGACACAUUAUGAAGUUGCGGCUUAGGUAUAUAAUGAAUACCUAAUUUCAGGGACUUAUUCAGGGACUUGCCACACCUAAGUCUAGGAAAAAGGAGUUAGUGUUGAUUCAUUGGCACUGAUGUUCUUUUGAGGUUUUAUUUAUUUUAUUUAUUUAUUUAUUUAUUUAUUUAUUUAUUUAAUGUGACUCACUAAGUAAUCGGGGAUAAGGAAAUUGAAUAUGAAAAGAACAUUAAUAUUUGUGAAAUAUAUAAUCUCACAAAAAUCUGAACAGUUACUGCUUUUUUUACACUGGUUUCUUGAUAAUAUUUUUCUUGACCAUUUUAAUUUUCUUUGUCAGGCCAGCCCUGUUUCUGGCACUUUAUUUUACAUGUAACACUCGUGAUAUUAAUACAUUCACUGAUCCGUAAAAAAUAUCAUGAGGACUAGUGUCAGGGAACUCGAGAUGGGAACACAGAGCCAAGUGCCCACUUUCUUAUGCAGCUUUGGGGAGUGUGUGCAUGUUCUAGUUACUGCAGGGAGAUCAGAACUGAUCAAUACUGACUCAGGUUUUCCAUAAAAGCAAAUAUAUUUGAACCUAUUUGGUUGUGAUAUUUAGUUGACAUUUCCACCUGUGUUUAUUCUCCUAUAAUAUUUAUUAUUUUAAAAUUUUGCAGACUCAGUAAAGAACUAUCAAUGUCUUAAGGCUUUUACUUAAUGAUUAAUUGCUUCAAAAAUGAAAAAGCCAAACUUCCACUCCUUUCUCAACUUUUACUAUUCAUAACAAAAUAUAACUUAUUUCAGAACGAGUUAGCCAAAGAGCCAAAGACUACUACUAAGUAAAAGGACACAAAAUCUUCACAUUGAACAUGUGACCAUUUCUUUACCUCUUUAAAAAGAGUACUUGAUAUUAUCUCAGAACGUGUGUUUUCAGGGAAUGGAGUUCCAUCUGAUGUUUUUUGCCACCUUAGUUGCAAUUAUGACCAGGUAAUUUAAUUACUUGGUUAUUAAAAAAAAAAAAAGCUAGAGUCAAUAAAGAUAUAAGAAAGUCAUUCAAUCUUUACUAAAUCUAAAGAAAAUGUGGACACCUGUUUUCUUACAACUUGGUCUUGAAGCAACUCUGGUUGUUCUGAUGUACUUAAAUUUAUCUAAACUUCUAUUGGUUUUAGGCUAAGAAUUUAUUGCUGCCAACAAAAAAUGAUACAAAAGCAUGGAAGAAUCUACAAAAUUAAAUGGUAGUUUAAUGGAGAUGUUAAAACAUGUGGAAAUACAAAUAUUGAAUGCAAAAUCUAAAAAUUCCUUUGUAUUUUAACUUUUAGUGGAAACUAAAUUCUAUAACACAGUUCAAAACAACCCAUGACACAGCAUUUUAAUAGUUACUCAGUGACAUAGCUCAGGAUAAGAUUCAUCUGAACCUGUUAAGACCCAUUAUUUAAAAGAAAAUAAUGAGUUUAUAUUUUACAUGGGAAAUAGAGCUAAUUAAACUAAAUGCUUUUUCUGAUGUGUUAUUCAGUGAUACUCUUUAAGGUAAGAAUUUUCUAUUUCAUUAAAAGACUUUUCCCAUAUUUGCUCAAUCUUGUGUUAAUUAAAGUGAAUGGUAAUUCAGUGAAAGAAGCAUUGGUAAUACUUGUCAUCUGCCGUUAACAGUUAACCAAAAAGAUGUAUAUUUGAACAGUGGCAGUUAAUUAAUAUUCAGUUCAGGUGUUUUCUCAUCAAAGUAAAAACUUGUUUUCAUUUUUACCCUGUUCAUCAUGAAGAUAGGUAACCAGGGUUUGACUUGGCAUAUCAAGUCUCUAUCAUCCUAUAGAGACUUAGAAAGCACUAAAUUAAGGGCUGAGGUGGGACUUAAGGAUUUAUUGAAUGCAGACAUUUUGAAUACUAGAAAUGGUGAUUGAAAAAGCAAGUAGAAGAUGUUUAAGAGAAAAGAUAAGCUUCUUCAGGCCUGAAAUGAUUUAAAUGUACUUCUACAAGGAGGAAUUGAUUAGAAUAAUCCUAUUUUUAUCUAUACUGAGACACUGAAAAUGACUCUCUAUUGAUAGAUCUAGAGAUGCAGAUAGCAUUUAUAUGGAAAUGUUUCCAUCUCAGACUGAUGAUAAUUUUUUCUGAGCUCACAUAGGUCAUGAGAACCCUCUCCAAAGAGCAAACUAUGCCUGAUCUUGUCAUGAAAGGGUAAAAAUUGGCCAUUUUCUUUGGAAAUUUUGUUGUGAUUUGCAUCUGCUGUGCACAGAAUUCUUAUUUACUGUACAGGGUGGUGGAUUUCAAUUAUUAAAUUUCAUGAUUUUGUUCCCUUAAAAGCAAUUUAUUGGAUAGCAAUGCAUAUUAUAGAAAUGAGUCAAAAUUGUUAAGAAAAGUAAGUCUCAAUGUUGGAAGGUUAAUGCAUUGGAUUUUUGUUUUUGUUAUCUCUUUCAAAAUUGUUUUUUUAUUUUCCCAGUCUGAACAUCAAUACAAGGAAUUAUGUCUGGCUAUGAUUUUGCUGUAGAAUAAAGUUUGUGAAUGAAAAAUCAGCUAUAAUCUCUAAGGCUGUGUACAAACUGGCCACAGAAUCAUUCUCUAUAAAAAAUGCAUGGUUUAUUCUAUUCAUAUCUAUAUAGAUCAUUUUGUGGGUUUUAUUUUUUUUUCUUUAAAAAGAUCCUUUAAGCUUCUCAUUUGAAAACACAGUAAUCUCCAGUGUGAGUAGCUUCAUAAAUUCUACUGCUGUAUAAGAAAGAAGCAGGUAGACCAACUCUAAUAUACAAAAUAUUUGCAUCUAUAUUUUUUAUAAACAAAAAGUCCAACCCAAGUUCACGCCAUUCACAUUAACUUUUUAUUGACCCUUCCAACUGAGAGAAGUGAUUGGGUUCAUCUGCAAAAUAUGAAUAAAUUCUGGAACACAUUGAAGUGAGAUCUUCAUUUCAGAAUGAAGAACGAAGAAAUAAAAAUAGAAAACAACUGCCUCGUAUUGUAAAUGUGGUGAUUCCACUAAUGAAUAGUCCAAGAUAUUUGCCAGUUGUUCUAAACUGGCAGAAACCACCAAAAUUUUUCAUUUUGUACAUGACAUCGAAUAAUUUGGAUCCAUCAUAUUUGAUCUUCUUUUUGUAUCCUUCAGUCAUUGUUCAUAAGGUGACUUUUUAACUGAAGUUUGUGAUGUAAUAUGUAGCCAUUGUUCAAAUCGAUAUCUUUGACUUCCGUAUUAUAUAACAAAAAUUUUACAAUCUUUUGAAAUUCGUGUUUCUGGCUUUUGUACAUGGUAACCAGCCAUUUGUGAAACUUGACAGCAUAUAAUUGUAUUACUUAGAACAAAUGUUUUGCAGCCACCUUUAAAAGAUGUUACACAUUGCAGUAUUUUUACAAUGUCUUCUUUAGAAUGUGUGAACAUAUUUGUCAGGUUCAGAUGAAUUAUGUAACAAUGAAACCUCAAAGCUGUUAUGAAGUGUACAGUUUAUGAUUACUUUUGUAAAAGAAAAUGGAAAAGCACUUGAAAUAUAAUUUUACUGUUUCAUAUGUAUUUUGAAAAAUAAAUAAAGUGAUU